AUGGGAAAGGAGCUGGACUCACAUGAAAGCUCUCAUUUCAGAAGCAUGGUAGGCUGCUUACAAUAUCUUACCUUUACUAGGCCUGAUAUUGCUUAUGGAGUCAACUUAGUAUGUCAAUUCAUGCAUUCACCAACUCAUGAUCAUCUUAUUGCUGCGAAACGAAUUCUAAGAUAUGUCAAGGGCACCAUUGAUCAUGGUAUCUAUCUCAGGAGGGGUGACACACUGUGCAAUUCCAUUUCACACUCUAUUCACAUGGAUGCUUUCUGUGAUGCUGAUUGGGCAGGUGAUCCCAAUGAUAGAAAGUCCACAACAAGCUUUGUCAUUCUCAUUGAUGGUAUACUUGUGUCUUGGUGUAGCAAAAAGCAGUCAUCUGUGUCUAGAUCAUCUACUGAAGAUGAAUAUAGAUCCAUGGUUAACACUACCUCUGAAAUCAAGUGGCUCGCUCUUCUCCUGCAAGACUUACACAUUGAGUUGAAAGAUGUUCCCACACUUCAUUGUGAUAACAUUUAA